UUUUCUCUGUGCUGUCCUUCACACCAUGUCAUGAUUAGUCAGUUGAUCGAAGUCGAAAGUUGCUGGGAUAGGGCACUGGUGAGCAUGUAAGCGAGGGCCAGGAUGAACACCGCGCUGAAACACUGGAGAGAGGCGGCGACGGUGAUCUUGGCGGCCGGUAACAGGCGGCGACGGUGAUCUUGGCGCGCGGACUCUCUCAAAACAGGUCUGGAGAAAGUCUCUGACAUAGCGCACAGAUCCGCCUUUGAUUAUCAAGUGCUGCUGCUAAAGCGGAGCAGCAGCAGCGGCUUCAUGCCCAAUGCCUACGUGUUUCCCGGGGGGCUGGCGGACGCGUCUGACUUCUCCAGCGAGUGGCAGGAGGUCUUUCAGUCCUUCACGAAAGCGCCCAACUACGGCAUCGGAGUCGUGAGGCAGCCGCCGGAGACCAGGCCACCCAUUUUCGCCACUGAUAGAGCGCAGCUGGGAUCACCGAUCCCUGGAGAUGUGGCUUUCAGGAUAUGUGCGGUGAGGGAGACGUUUGAGGAGUCCGGUGUGCUCCUGGCGGUCCCCAAACACGAAGAAAGCGGCAUUCGCGUGCGCACAGAUGAUGCUCGGGACAGUGACCCCCAGCCAACCCUGACCACACUGAGCGGACUGUGGGACAGAGACGUGCUGUCCAAGUGGAGGUCUCUGGUUAUUGGUGACUCGGCGAAUUUUAUUAAGAUGUGCAAGGAGCUGCAGUGUCUGCCCAACAUCUGGGCUCUACACGAGUGGGGCAACUGGCUGACCCCCAUAGGCACGCACGCCAAACAGAGGCGCUACGACACAGCCUUUUACAUCUGCUUCCUGCGCGACGCGCCGCACACGCUUCAAGACGAGAAGGAAAUCGUUCAUUUCAAGUGGUCCAGUCCCGCUGAAGUGCUGCACAGCUAUAGAUCAAAGGAGAUCUGGAUCGCUCCACCUCAGGUCUACGAGCUUGGACGCAUGUGCCAGUGUCCAGCCCUCAGGGAUCUCCAUCGCUUUGCCUGGCAGAGGUCUUUGGAGGGUUGCGAACAGUGGCUGCCUAUUCACCUGGUGGCACCUGACUGCUUUGCAAGCAUUUUACCAGGGGAUGCUCUGUACCCGGAAAAAGUGGACCCUUCUGGAAAGAGUGGCGGCGUUAUGAAGACUGAGAAAAGUCUUGAAGAGCUCCAGCGGGACAGUGCAAACCUGCACCGUAUCAUUGGUCAGGAUCCAUAUUCAAUAACUGUCCAAAUGAACAUCACACCCAAGUAUAACCACCUACCCCCUCUCUGUGGUACAGAUGUGGACAACCCCACCAAAAACCAUAGUAAACUCUGACACUUACCUGCCAAACAGGUGCAGCACUGAUGGACAAAGGUUUAUUCAAUUUUGUGUUUGUUUUAAAUCAACUCAUUUCUACCUACUGAUGUGGCACCUGAGCCAUUCAGUGUAGUUCAACAUAUGGCCUCCCUAACUUCUGUCAUAUGAAAAUGAUAAACAAUGACUACCUUGUUAGUUUGACAACUGCUGGUACCAUGAUUACAAAAAAAAAUAAAAAAAAAAAAAAAACUUUUGAAGUGCUCUUUUAAAUUGGCACAGUUCUUCAUUAAUGUAAUAUUGUAGAUGAGGCAGAAAAGGGUAAAUGGCACUUUCAGUUGUUUUCAUUUGUUGAAAGCACUUAACUUCUUCAUGCUUUUUGCGUUUGCUUAAUAUAGGACACUACAAGCAAACAAUAACCUGAACAAUUGUGUACAAAAAUUGCAUUUAUCUGAUUGGUUUAUGGCUAGCAUAUAUAACCAACCAAUUACAACAAAUCUGACUGUAGCAGCAGCUAUUGCACAUUUAUUUAUAGUACUGGCUAGGAUAAAUUAUUUAAAUCUAGGUGAAGUACAGUGAGUAGUAAAUCAUGAAGGGUUUUAAAUGAAACGGAAGCAUGAUGUGCAUUUCUGGCAUCUUUAAAUUCAGAAAAAAUGAAUUCAGACAAUGUGUGUGAAUGUUUUCAAACAGUUUAAUCAUACAUAAACUAAAGAUAAACUACCAGAUGACUGCUUCAUGGGUGUCCAUUUUGCUAGAUUUCUGUAGAGACAGUAGCGUGAAAUCCUUAACCAACCUUAUACAACACAUUUGUUUCAGACAUUUAAUCAAUUCUGCACUCUCUACACUUCCAAUGAAAACCACACACAACUUAAAUGACAAAACGACUAAAAACAUCUUAAUUCAGUUAAAGGCUGUUUUGUGGAGUUGAUUUUUGUUUGCAUUUUGGUUACUUUGUACAGGUUGAUGUUUGGUCAUGGUGUUACGGUCUACAUGCUUCUACUUACUGGGAUUUACAUUAUGAAACAACUUAUGGAGUAGAAAAGGCAAAAUCUGUACAAAUCUUAAAUGUUAAAUACAAUCACUCUGUACCAGUAAUGACAAACAUCCCACAGGAAAUUUUCUCAGAGUACAUUUAAACUCACAAAACAGCAGCUUAAAAUCUAAAUAGAAAACAACCACCUCAACCCCCAAAUUAUACAUCUUUAAAAAAAAAAAAAAAAACUUCCAAAAUGUAGCUCUUCAUUUGUGGAGAUAUGCCUUUA